AGGCCUCAAUUGGUGCCUGUGUAAGCGAUCUGCGCGAACGCUUUACAGAUGGAGACUGCUGACUCAACUUGUCAAGAAGAAGCUUCUUUGGAAUUUGACUUUAACUUCGACGAUGACAACUUAAUGGAGAAUCCCCAUAUACAUAAGCCUUUGAAUGAUCAGCCGGGCGAAACAACGGAAAAUAUAUCUAGUCAAGAGUAUGUGGAGUUGGGUUCUUCAUCUGGAAGCAAUCAACCGCUUAUCAACCGAAAAAACUCGAAGCCAAACCUCGCACCGUCUACAAUGACUAGCAGCGGCCUUUCUGACACUCCACAACCUGAACAUGCUCCAAACUUGGCACAACCGGCUACAUCUUUCAAUCCUUCACUGGACUAUGCGGAGCUCCAAUCACCAGGUGGAUAUUCUCAGCCUAAACCUAAUGUGGGGAACCAAAAUUCCAACUAUUCUCAACAUGCCUACAAUACUUCUGAAGACCCUAGCCCUGCAGUUGUUAGUACUCCAAGCUUGCAACAAUUGGGACAAUCCUCCUUGAAUAGUACAUUAAUGGGAGAGCCACAACCUCAUCCUCCAACAAUGGAGAAAGCAGAGCUAAGAUCAUUGGGUGGAAGUAACUGGUCCUGUCUAAACAGUGAAGGCUCCAGCCAGAACCUCAAGCAAUCUGCACUUUCAAGUUUAGAGUGCUUUAAUACUUCACUUGCUACCUCUCCAAAUGUGGGGGGGCUGCUGGCAUUUGAUGGAGCAGUUCAGUCAUUUCAAGCUCAUGAAGUGAUAUAUCCCAAUCAGCUGAUGAAUGCUCGGCCUGAAAAUGUCCCUCAAAUUGAGCAUAUGCCUCUGCCUCAAAGUAUGCGUCCACUCAAUGAAUGUAGCACAAACAAUCAAAUAGCAAAAAACAUCACAAGCAACAAUUUCAGCAGCAUCAGCCAGCAACAGUCACUCUGCCCAACUUUAUUCCCUCAAAAUCCGAUGGGGUUUGGAGUAACAAAUCAGAGACCAUUGCUAAUAAACCAACAACAGGCCACUUUACUCCCCCACAACCAGAACACACCUUACAGACCUUUUUCUCCACUGGGGCCCCAAGCUAAUGAAUUCAUGACAGCUAAUGUGUAUGACAGUCAAUGUAUCAACUUCAUGCAACCUCAAUCUUAUGCAUUUUUAAGGCCCCAGCAGUCUUCUAAUCAGCUACAACAGCUUAACCAAGCCCCCCAAACGACAAGUGUUUUUGAUCCUCAAUGUCAUUACUCCAUGCUUCCUGGCCUUUCUAUGCCUUUUAGGCCAAGAAGUUUCUUACAUCAUCAGUUUGAUCAAGUUCCAGUGCCGCCUAAUGUAUACGAUCCACAAGGCUAUAACUCAAUGCUGCCUGAGCUUUCUAUCUUGGCCAGACCUCCUCAACUUGCAAAUUAUCACCAACAACCUAACCAACUCUGGACAACACAAAACUCCUUACUACCUGGAUCUUCAAUGCCUUCUAGGCUCCAACAGUUCUGUGGUCGUCAACAGCUUAAUCAAUCAACCCACUUGAUGCCUAAUGUGUUUAAUCCACAACUUGGUGCUUCCAUGCUACCUGAACCAAUCAUGCUUUCUGGGCGCUCACAGCUACUGGAUCAUUAUGAACAAUCUAACCAAGUCUCAAUGACACCUUGUGUAUGUAACCCUCUGCAACAUAACUCCAUAGCAUCUGGACCUGCUGCACUGCCAAGGGCUACAAGGUUGUAUGAUCAUCAGCAUCUAUUUGAGCAAUUCCAGGAUUCACAAUUUUGUAGCUCCAUGCGGCCCCAACAAUCAUCUCUGCAUCAAAGGCUCAAUCAAGUUACUGAGACAGCUAUUGGAAUUGAUCCUCAGCAUCACAACAUCUUGCUCCCUGACUCUUCAACUCCUUUUAGUUUACAGACCAUCCAAACCCACGGAUUUUUGAAUCAAACUGGUAGACAAAGUAUCCCCUACCUCAGUUCUGGCACAAAUGCUCAGCAAACGCAAAUCCUGAACUUACAAACUGAACGAGAAAUUGGGGGUGGAAAGAACAGAGUGGCAAUCUCUGAUCUAAGUGAAACAUCACUGAGAGGCUUCAAAGAGAAAGGACUGGUGGAAGGACAUAGACGGGCAGCAAAACGACAUCUGUUGGGAGAAUCAUCGUUGUCGUCUAAACGCUCCAUGAUCGAAACAAUAUGGGGAGAAAGGAGUUUACAAGAUGAGGAGAGGACUUCUCAAUCUGAAGGAAAUGAAGUCGAAAACUCUAUUCUUUCCAAUCCUUCUUAUACAAGGCCAACCAAGAAUGCUGUUUAUGAUCCAACAUUUGAGGGGAUUGGUCUACCUGUUGACCCUCAUCUUCGGCUAUUUGCCUCAUGCUAGUUGCAAGGCAAUGGUACAUCAUGCGGGUUAGAUGAGUCAAUGUUAGCUUUUGAAGUUUUGAGGCGGGUUUGUUUAUCUUCAAGAUGGGACUUAUUGUAUCAUAUUUCUAUGAUUAGGCGCUAUUUAUCAACUUUGAUACUAUUUUUCCAAUCUGAUUGUGAGCUAAACAAACUUGUUUCUUAUAUCUACCGCAUGAUGUCAAUAAUAUGCUCUUUUUUUUUUUUCUUUUUUUUUUUUCUGAAAUUGGCUAUAAUUGGUUGUUGAGCUUUAAACUCAGUAUGACUACCAAAAGGUCAACUUCCAUCCUUCAGGCAUGCUAAUGUUGAAAAAGCAACAAAAAUUAAGUUGUGGCAUGAUGAGGAUUACGUUAUCCAAAAAGACAUCAUGAGGAUUGGUAAAAGAUAAUGUACCUUGACUCCAUAAGUUUCUAGAAACACAAAGGAUAGUCUUAUUCAAGGUAAAUUCCUCAAAGUACGGUUAAAAAAACGAGAUAGAAAUGGUAAAUGACUCCCAAUAUUUCUACUUUUGGUCAUGAUAUCUCACUCAUGAUGUACGAUGAUUCAGAAUCAAUUCGAGACAUAAGAUCUUCAAUCUCUUCUGAACCAUACUUGGUACGCCACCAUAGCUUUCUGAUUAGGGUCAUAAGCACAAUGCAUCGAAGAGCCCAUAUAUUAGAGCACAUCACUUGUACACCAUAAUUGAUACACUAGGGCUAAGAAUAAUGGAGUCCCUCUCUAAUAUGGAGAUUCUUACGUUCCUUUCUAGAAAACCCCUUUAGGAGAAUAGAGACUAAUAGAGCUUGAGACUAUGAAAAAAUGGUGAGUGGGUACUUAAGAGCCUUCUGCAAAUCCAUUCCUGAAGAUGGAGAAACAAACAAACCCUCUUUAGCAGAACAAACUGAGAGAACUUGAGACUGAAAAAAAUGGUGAGUGGCUGGACUAGAGCCUUCUGCACAUCCAUCCCCAAAGAUAGAGAAACAAACGAAGUGUUAUCAGAGAAACAUCUUCAGCAGCAUAAUUGCGAGAAUAGCAACGCCAUUCAAAGCCUUAAAAUCUGCUCAAAGUUCGGGCUUUUCUCCAACCCAUCCAUGCCUCGCUUGCAGUCUCAACCAGUCUUGAGCCGCAGGCUCCAAAGCUGAACCUCCACAACACCCACUUCCUGAUUGCCUAAUAGCUCAAAACUCCAAAUCAAAACUUCAACCACCCCAAAGAAAAACAACAGCCCCAGACUGUUCCAGCUCUGCAAUAAUCCUCUCUCCCCCAAAUCUCCCUCUCGCUUCUCACUCCUCAAAGCCUUACGUCCCUCCAAAGUAAGCAUCUUUUUCUCUUGAAAACAAACGGCAUUUGUUUAGCUUUUGGUCAGAUGAUGUUGUUUGUGUAAAAAUGCUAUUAUUAAAUUUUGACCAUCCAAGUCUUUAACUGGGGAUAUCAGUAACUGGAUGUAAGCCGGAUGUGAGAUAUCAGUAGAGGUUGAAUACCUUAUGUCUUGAAUUGAGUUUGAAUCACCAUACAUCCCAAGUAAGAUAUCAGGACCAUAUAGCUGAAUUUCAAAUGUAAUCCUUGUUAUAACAAUUUAAUCAUAGGAGUAAGCCUUUAUUUAAAUACACAAAGUAGCAUAUGUAAUCCUUCAUUAAGACCAAUCUCAAUAAU